CCACAACCUGGGUUUCGCCUUUUGAGUUCAGUCCACAACUAUUAACAGAGGGAGAAACAAGGAGCUUUGAUGCAAACUUAAGGUUUUGUCUUUGCGCUUUCAACUCGAAAAAUACGCUUUUCUGCGCAGAAGUUCUGUUUAAAAAAACAAAACAACAGAACGUCGGACUGGGUUCAUUUGCGUUGGUGUGCGCAAUGAUGGCCACUUACCAAAGUCCGGAGGAGGACCAAAUGGCCUUAAUGAUCCAUGACACCAACACCACCAAGGAGAAGGAGCGACCCAAAGAGGAGCCGGACCAGGACAAGGCGGCGGAGAAGCCGGAUCCGUCCCAGAAACCGCCGUACUCCUACGUCGCUCUCAUCGCCAUGGCCAUCCGGGAGAGCGCAGAGAAGCGCCUCACGCUGUCCGGUAUCUACCAGUAUAUCAUCAGCAAGUUCCCGUUUUAUGAGAAAAACAAGAAAGGCUGGCAGAACAGCAUCAGGCACAACCUGAGUCUCAACGAGUGCUUCAUCAAGGUUCCCAGGGAGGGUGGCGGCGAGAGGAAGGGGAACUACUGGACCCUGGACCCGGCCUGCGAGGACAUGUUCGAGAAGGGGAACUACAGGAGGCGGCGCAGGAUGAAGCGGCCUUUCAGACCCCCGCCAGCUCACUUCCAGCCGGGGAAGGCCCUGUUCGGAGGGGACGGCUACGGCUACCUGACUCCACCCAAGUACCUGCAGUCCAGCUUCAUGAACAACUCCUGGUCGUUAGGCCAGCCGCCCACCCCGAUGUCCUACACGUCCUGUCAGAUGGCCGGCGGCAACGUCAGUCCGGUGAACGUAAAGGGGCUGACGGCCCCCUCAUCCUACAACCCCUACUCCCGGGUGCAGAGCAUGGCGCUGCCCAGCAUGGUGAACUCUUACAACGGCAUGAGCCACCACCACCCGCAUCAUGCGCAGCAGCUGAGCCCGGCCACGGCGGCCCCUCCACCGGUCUCCUCCAGUAACGGAGCCGGGCUGCAGUUCGCCUGCUCCCGGCAGCCCGCGGAUCUCUCCAUGAUGCACUGCUCUUACUGGGAACACGAGACCAAACACUCGGCGUUACACACGAGGAUUGAUAUUUAAACCUCUGGGACUGUCCUCUGUACAAAUGAAGACUGUGAGAGUUGUUUCCUGUGAUUUCAAAACAGAACCAACAGUAUUUUCUUUCUUUUUUUAUUAUUAUUUUUUAAGAGGCCGCGCUGGUGAGCUGCUUGGGUCCAACUGAUGGAGAAAUACGAGAGCGCGUCACAAAAUGGAAGGGAUCGGCCUCCGUCAGGUUGCACAAGCCUCGGACUGAUGGUCACAACUUCAUUCUCUCCUUACUGUGAUAUGAAAACUUUUUUUUUUUUGUUGCGGACAUGCUGACACAUCCCCACCUGCAGCUAACUUCCCCUUUCUUUUUCUUUUCUUUUUUUGGUAUGCGUAAAGAGUUCUCUAACUUUUACGCACGGCUUCACACCGAGUGUUUCCUGAUGAGAUGAUCUAAGAUGGUUUUUUUUUCUAAACCAAGGCUUGAAUCUGUAAUUAGAGCAGGGCCCGUUUUGACCUAAAAUAAGCAGCACAGAUAAAGGCCUGCACAGUCCAAAAGUUCUGGGCUUUAGAAAGUUUUCUU